GACCUCCGUUUAGUUGUUCCGAAGCGUUCGUAGUCGUCGGACUGGCGUGGCUCGAUUCUCCUCAGAAAUUCAUUCGAAUCAUCUUAGUAUCAAAACAAAAUGACCAAAAAUUAAUAAAUAAACGAAUGAAUAAUUAUAAAUUAUUGUGCGAUUAAGAUUGUAUUUUUUGAAUUUCGGACUAACGCUGCCACUCAUCAUUGUUCAUAGUUAACCAAGUACAGUAGAAUAACAAAUUUAACAUUCAAAAAAAUUUGACUUAUCAGUUGUCACUUUUUUUAUUAUUUUAUCCAUCGAUGAAACGCAGUGAAAUUCUCCUCCAGUGAAUCGAUGUAAUGUAAUUAUAAUAUUUACACGCGUAUAUUUCGGAUAUUUAUAUACGCGCGAUAAAAUAUUGUGCAUCGUGAGAUUAACAUUGCGGUACAGUCAAGUUUUUGAUAAAUUUUAUCGAGAAAAAUUUGUCAAGUGAUCAAAAAUUCAUCGAUGCGUUAAAGGAUAAAUUCACAACGCUCAUGGAGACAUCAACAUGAUCAAUAUUAAUGAGAACUAAAAUUGGAUUGAAAAUAUCAUCGAAUACAAACGACGAAAGAGAUCGGCGGAGCGCAGGAUGCUAAAGCACGUGUCGGUAUCGCCAUGGCGGGGAAGGGCCGAUAGCGUUAGCAUAGCAUCCAGCAGUGCUAGUAGCUGCGGAAGUGGAAGUCCCACGCCAGCCCAUACCCCGCCACCUUCGAGAGCCUCUUCAUGCGCAUCCCUGGCCCCUCUGAAUGCACUUUCGAGUUUCUCACCGGCGGACAACAACCCCCAGCAGACAACGAUAAAAGUCUACGCGAACUGUCUACGUCCUGACAUUGAGUACAAAACACUGGGCAUCAGUUACGAAACAACAUGUCGAGAAGUUGUUCAAAAUCUCCUCAACAAGUACCGGAUGAGGCACAGAGACCCGCGUCUAUUUUAUUUAACGAUGGAGGUCACGGUGCGGAGGGCGAACGUCCGUACGGUUUUACCCCUAGAUGAAGACGCCAGACCCGCUGUUCUCCAAUCUUGUCAUCCCCCAGGGGAUUCGAGAUUUUCACUUCAAACCCGACGUGGUGGUCUGGUGAAAGUAUACGACAGCGCACUUAUGUCAGGGUCAAAGUACAAAAGUCUUUUGGUAUCUGAAUACACCACGGUGGAUGAGCUCAUCCAGAUGCUUCUGAGUUGUUAUAGUUCAAACGAAAGAGUCGAACAAUUUUCAUUGUACGAAGUUUGCGAGGGUGAGGAAUACCAAAGAAAACUUCAUCCCGACGAUUCCCCGCUAAAAGUCACGCAGAGAUGGACGUCGGUAGAUAGACAUUUACGCAUUAGACGAAACCCCGACUAUAAUCCCCACAGGAGAAAGAGUAUGUGGGCUUCGGAUUCGAGCAUAACGAUGGCGAUGUCGAAGCUGCAGCUUCACAGCAACCUGCAGAAGCACAAUAUACACCACCACCACCACUUGCAUCAUCAUAAUAACAAUAAUAACAAUAAUAACAGUAAUAACAACAAUAUCCACCGGCAUCAUCAUCAACAAAACAACAACAAAAGCCUGCACUCAAUCCUACCCGUUCAACAACAAUCUCGUAUCGUUGUUCCUCACGUCUCGCAGAUAACGCAGAGCGUCCCGACGACGCCGUUGACGACGAAACACAUGUCGAAUACUUCAGCUUACGCGGACUACGAAAAUUACUUUUAUAUCUAGCUACCUGAAUCGAACCUUCAAUGAUCUUUUUUCCUUUAGAUUACGCGCGAAGAAACAAAGAUAUAUAAUGAAUUUUAUACGCAAAAUGAACGUAUACGUAAUCGUAUAAUUCUUAUUUAUUCAAUAGCCGUUGCAGCUAUAUCUGUAUGUCGCUGAAUAUGUGUACGAAUAUUAUUUAAAUUAUAAACGGCGUUUUUCAGAUCGCAGCUCUUUUAGUAUACUAUAUAUUAUAAAUGUGUAUAAAUAUAUAAGCGAUAUAAUGAUUAAUUGUCAUUAAUUUAUUAUUAAAAAAUAGUUUCUAAACACAAUGUAACUGUUACCACUGUUAUUUUUUUGUGUGUAUUGCCAAAGAGAUGAUGAUAAUGAUACGGGAAUGACAAAUGUAAGUUUUAUCGAUAUAAUAUAAUAUAUAAAUCACAGUAAUCAUGUGCUAGAAUGAAUUUGAAAUUUUUUUACGACUUCGAUGAUAAUUGAAAGGCAGCAUCUAAUCCGAUAUAAUGUUUAUUGUAUGUGAAUGUUCAAAUUAAGUAUCUGCGAUGUAUUAUCAGUGUCCCGCUUUCAUGAUUGUUAUGUAAAUAUAACUAGUAUACCCUAAAUAAGAUGUUGUAAAAUCAGUAAUUAUAGAAUCUUUCAUUUUGAAAA